AUGGUCAAGUUUGCAAAGUUCGCCAACAUCGAGGUCCCCGUGCCGGGCUUCGGCGCAAUGGGCAUGUCUGCGGCCUUCGGGCCGGCCAACGACGACGAGAGCCUCAAGGUGCUCAAGCACGCAGUGGACAUUGGCUGCACGUUCUGGGACAGCGCGGUGGUGUACGGCUCGGGCCACAACGAGAGCCUGCUCGGGCGCUUCUUUGCUGAGAACCCCGGCGCCCGCGAGAAGGUGUUCGUCGCGAGCAAGUGCGGCUUCGACUGCAUGAAUGGCGGCGGGUACUCCACCGUGACGAACAAGCCCGCCCACAUCGCCGAGUACAUCGAGGGCACUCGCUCCCGGCUCGGGUCAUACCCCGACCUGUACUACCUCCACCGGAUCGACGAGAACACGCCCUUGGAGGAGAGCAUCCCCGCCCUGGCGCGCCUGAGGGCCGAGGGCAAGACGCGGUUUAUCGGCCUGAGCGAGUGUAGUGCUGCUACGCUGCGCAAGGCGGACGCGAUCGCACACAUCGACGCCGUGCAGAUCGAGUACUCUCCCUGGGAGACGGGCCACGAGCGUAACGGCCUCAUCGCGACGGCCAAGGAGCUCGGCGUGGCGGUCGUCGCGUUCUCGCCGCUUGGUCGCGGUGUCUUGACGGGCAAGUUCACCCAAGCCUCCGACUUCACAGGCCAAGGUGACAUGCGGCACGCGCUUCCGCGCUUCUCGGAGGAAAACUACCCGCACAACGUCAAGCUCGUGCACGCCAUCGAGGCGAUCGCGGCGAAGAAGGGCUGCACGCCCGGCCAGUUGAGUCUGGCGUGGGUCGUCGCGCAGGGCGCCAUCCCUAUCCCGGGCACGCGCAACGCCGGUCGGCUCGACGAGAACUUUGGGAGCCGGGAUGUCGACUUGACGACUGAGGAGGUGGCGGAGAUUAAUGCUGCUAUUGCGGGGCAGGAGCUCAAGGGGGAGCGUUAUCACGCGCCGAUGAUGAAGCUUGUGGGGAAGUAG